AUGCCUAAAAGACGCAGGAAGCGACGCAAGCACUUAGGUCUACCUCUUCCCAGUGACGGGUCUUUCAAAAGAUGUGUGCGCAACCUGGCUGCUUUCUUCUUCGGGCUGCUUUUGUCCUCUGUUUAUGCAGGGAUGGUCCUCUUCAUCCAGAAUUACAGCCUCUGGUUCUGCAUCCUGUCUACGAUAACUAUCGCCACCUUCUGCUCUUUAGGAAUGGGACUUUCUCUCCGCAUCCGUGCCACCGUACUGCUGAUGAUACCAAUGAUCUGCUCAAAAGAAGGAAAGAAUUUUGUUCUUGUCUUAAUCUUUACCAUGGCAAUGCAGGGACCACUGGCCAACAUCAUGGAAAACUUUAACCGGGCAGCAGAUUCAGUGUCCUGUGGUGCUGAGAUGGCUCUUAACCAGACUAUGGAGAUGGUGGAAAAAGUUAAAGCUCCAUUAACUCCUAUUAUUAACAAGAUCAAAACAAUUUCCAAGAACAUCAAGAUCAUUGCAGACAAGGUGCGCAAGCUUAUUAAGAGCCUAAUUGACACUGUGAAGCAUAUUGCAAAUGUGCUGAGGAAUAUCUUUUUUUUCCUGGUGAACAUUGCGGAUAUCUGCAACAAAGAGCUGGGCACACCUUACAAGAAGUGCAUAAGUUUAUUUGAUGACGCACGAUAUAAAUGCAUGGAUGCUCUGUCUAUAUUUUCCUUUCUGUGUUACAUCAUUGAUAUUUUCAGGCCUCUCUGCGGGUUAGCUAAAAUCAUCCAGUUAUUCUGUCUCAUUCCCUCAUACGUUGUAAACUUCAUCAAGACAAAAGUUGCUGCCCCUGUCAUUUUUGUUUUAAACAAAAUUAAAAGUGAAUUUGAGUUUAACAUUUCCACUACAAUGCAGUUUGAAAUGCGCAUGAACCAAUCCAAGACUCUCAGCCAAGUUGCUAAGGACAUCAUGCAGGAGGUGACAUUUGAGAUGGAAAAAUUUCAAGAAGUUUUUGGCAUGUUUGGUUAUUUCUCCAUUUUUAUUGUCUUCUACAUGUAUUUCAGAGCAGUUAUAUAUAAAAAGCAUUACCUCUUCAAUGACAACUUUGACAAUGUGUACAUCACAAAUGGCAUGGUGAAGUUAGACCUGAUCCGAGCAAGUCAAGGGAAGCCCACUCUACUGCCUCUCGAGCCCGACGAAGCUGCAAAGUACAUUUCUCCUUGCUCGAUCUGGAUGUCAGAUGCAGAGUGGAAGACGUACCACUGGAACAUUGUAAAUGUGUUUCGCCAUAUGUUGAUUGUACUUCUUUUGGUACUGAUUGAUUAUAUUGUUUUUUGGAUCUUUGACAUGGUUCGCUACUUUCUUCAAGGAGAAAUUAUUGCUCGAUCUCCAACUCAAAUCAAAGUUCACGUUAAUGGAAAUGGAUAUGCCUCUGCGAUCUUCAAGGACAUAGUAACAGCCUUUGAAGUGCUACAGACCUCCAAUGUUACAGUGUCCAGCAAAAAGUGUGCAAUUAUUCCUUCAGAGCCUGACUACACUGAGUACUUUCUUAUAGGAGCACUUUAUGGCUUUUCCUUUUUCAUUGUUGCUUUGGGAAACUAUAUUAUGCGAUUUAAACGGUUUAUCUGCGCCUGUUACUACCCGUCAAGAGAAAGAGAGAGGAUCUGUUUUCUUUACAACAAGCUGCUGACCAGACGAAACUCAAUUACACAAUCAUUGUGGAAUGCAGUCAAAAUUAAAGCCAAAGAUGAAGGACAUACCAGCUUACUGCUGACUCUGGCGGCAUAG